GGUGGCGGGAUCGGCCCUGGUCUCCGCCCCUGUUUCCCACUCUCCUUCCACCUCCGACCGGCCGGGGCUCCGGAGAGGCGCCGCUUGUCGGUCCCCGGAGCCGCCCCGCUGCCGUCGCCUCCUCCCUCCGCUCGCGGUGAGCCGGUCAGUCCCCACGCUGUGCGCUUCUCCGUCUGGGCCAUGGAUGGUGUUGUUACAGAUCUUAUAGCAGUCGGUUUAAAGCGGGGAUCUGAUGAGCUUCUUUCUUCUGGCAUCAUUAACGGACCUUUUACCAUGAACAGUUCCACUCCUUUGGCAGGUGUGUAUGCUAAUGGGAAUGACAACAAGAAAUUUAAAGGAGAUAGACCUCCCUGUUCGCCUUCCCGUGUUCUCCAUCUUCGCAAAAUUCCAAGUGAUGUCACCGAAGCAGAGGUCAUAUCAUUAGGUCUACCAUUUGGCAAAGUAACUAAUCUUUUGAUGUUGAAAGGAAAAAGCCAGGCUUUCUUAGAAAUGGCUUCUGAGGAAGCUGCUGUUACUAUGGUGAAUUAUUACACUCCUGUUACUCCUCACCUUCGAAGCCAGCCUGUUUUUAUUCAGUAUUCCAAUCACAGAGAACUUAAGACUGACAAUCUACCUAAUCAAGCUAGAGCCCAAGCUGCACUGCAGACUGUCCAGUCAGGAAGUCUUGCCCUUCCUGGAGCUCCUACCAAUGAAGGCACAAUCCUACCUGGGCAGAGCCCUGUGCUCCGAAUAAUUAUUGAAAACCUCUUUUAUCCUGUUACCCUGGAAGUUCUUCAUCAGAUAUUUUCUAAAUUUGGCACAGUCUUAAAGAUUAUCACCUUUACAAAGAAUAAUCAGUUUCAAGCCUUGCUUCAGUAUGCUGACCCAUUGAAUGCACAUUAUGCCAAAAUGGCUCUGGAUGGCCAGAAUAUCUAUAAUGCAUGCUGCACUCUGCGUAUUGACUUCUCCAAGCUCACCAGCCUUAAUGUGAAAUAUAAUAAUGACAAAAGCAGAGACUUCACUCGCUUAGACCUUCCUACUGGUGAUGGCCAGCCAUCCCUUGAACCCCCUAUGGCUGCCGCUUUUGGUGCACCAGGUAUAAUUUCCUCACCAUAUGCAGGGGCUGCUGGAUUUGCCCCAGCCAUUGGAUUUCCUCAAGCUGCAGGUCUGUCAGUCCCAGCUGGACUGGGUCCUGGAGCUCUCGGUCCUCUCGCAAUCACCUCCUCUGCUGUCACUGGAAGGAUGGCCAUUCCUGGGGCUGGUGGUAUGCCGGGAAAUUCUGUUCUCCUUGUCACCAAUCUUAAUCCUGAUCUUAUCACACCACAUGGACUUUUUAUCCUAUUUGGAGUAUAUGGUGAUGUACAUCGAGUGAAGAUAAUGUUUAAUAAGAAAGAAAAUGCAUUGGUUCAGAUGGCAGAUGCAAAUCAAGCUCAGCUAGCAAUGAACCAUCUAAGUGGUCAGAGACUUUAUGGGAAAGUGCUUCGUGCUACACUGUCCAAACAUCAAGCAGUUCAGCUUCCUCGAGAGGGACAAGAAGACCAAGGUCUUACUAAGGACUUUAGCAAUAGUCCUUUGCAUCGCUUUAAAAAGCCUGGCUCUAAAAACUUCCAGAAUAUUUUUCCACCAUCAGCUACUCUGCAUCUUUCCAACAUCCCCCCCUCUGUUACAGUAGAUGAUCUGAAGAAUCUUUUCACAGAAGCUGGAUGUUCAGUGAAGGCUUUUAAAUUCUUUCAGAAAGAUCGAAAAAUGGCACUCAUUCAGUUGGGAUCUGUGGAAGAAGCAAUCCAGGCCCUCAUUGAGCUUCAUAACCAUGACCUUGGAGAAAAUCACCACCUCAGAGUUUCCUUCUCAAAAUCUACAAUCUGACUUUUCUGUGAAUUUUUCUCCUAAGACUGGACCAUAAUUUCAGUAAAACCUUCAGACAUAGACUGAAGCAGCUCAAGACCAAUUCUGCCUCUUUCACAAAAAUAACUCUUUCUGAGUUUGAUAUUCAAGUAUAUUCAAAAAAUCAUAGGAUGUUCUCUUUUCCCUUUUCUCCCCACCAGUACGUCGUCAGAGGCAUGUUUUUCCUUUGUACGAUAGUUUCUAAAAUGAAAAUAAUCUUCAGGAAAAAAAAAAUCAGGAAAAAUUUUUUUUCAAUAAUUUAGUUCCCUCUAUUAGAUUGGAUUUCAAGAGGACAGAUUUUCUUUUAGUUUGGGUCCAGAUCAGCCUUAUACAAUAUUUCUAAACUCCUUUGUACUUUGAAAAAUUUGAACAUACAGACUUUUAAAGUUACUUGAACGUAAGUAAUUUAAAUUACCUACAACCAAGUUUUUAACUUUAUGAUUCAGAAAUUUGACUCCUGUAGGAAACUAUGUUCCCGGAUAAGUUACAUCAGUUAUUUGGCAUCUGUUGAUACUUACUAUACAUAAGUAAAUUGGGUUGUAUUGGAAGCAAAUUUAUAAACUUGCAUGUUUUCUUUCAAGUUUUUUUCCACUGUAAGACACUCCUUUGACUAUCUUUAACUUUUUAAGACUAUUUAGAGAAUGAAGUGUCUCAACUGUCUCCAGGGAGAUUAAGUGGAAUCCAACCAGGAUCUAUUAAGAUGUCAGAAUAAUUAAUAAUUUUAUUAGGAAAAAUCAUGUUUUAAAUUUCAAAAUGACACUUGCCUAGUAAUAUAAUAUGAUCUUGGAAAAUUUAAAACGAAAAAUAAUCCUACUUAUAAACUACUUUUUUAUAGUUGUUUUCAGAAAAAAGUUUACAGUCUUAAGGAAAAUAUUCAGGUCUAUCAUAUGGUUUGACAGAUUUUUUAAAAGUUAUUUUUGGUAAAGUCUUCUUUUAGAAAAAAAAUUAAUCUCAAGGGUUUUUUGUACCACUAUAAUCUCUAAUACUUAUUCAGAAUUACUGUGUAUUUACUUAAUUUCCUAUUAUGUGCCUUAUUAUGUGCUUAUGAUAUAAUAGGUUAGAGUUUUAUCUAAGUAUCUUGAAAGCUAUAUUGUGGGCUUGGUGAGUAUUUGUUUUUUCUUUCCCUGUUUUGGUAAGGAUUUUGAAGUUUUUUUUCAUUGCAAUUUUAAGUGAUUUUCAAUAAGUAAUAGUUUCUAUUCAAAUUUUUGGUGCUUUGGUGUAGAGGUGGGGUGGGGAAGGGUUUAAUGGUUUUGGGAAUAACUCAGUGCACACCUGUAGGCCUCUUCAUAUUGUGACCUGUAGUGGUCAUUGCUAGUUAUAGCAUACCAAUUUGGGGCUAUAAAAUGCAGUCUCAAUUUUUGGAUCUUGUCUAAUCUUUAUCACCCAUUAGAAUUUGUCUCAGGAUUACUUGGUUUUUUUCAUAUACUCAAGUGAAAACUUGCUUUUCUUUGUUAAUGUAACUUCAUUACUGAGUGCCCACAUAUGUGGAGUAUGAGAAGGUGGAUUCUUUCUCAUACUCUGUCCCUCUCUCUUUUUAGUUGAAUAUAUACUCAAGUGAAAACUUGCUUUUCUUUGUUAAUGUAACUUCAUUACUGAGUGCCCACAUAUGUGGAGUAUGAGAAGGUGGAUUCUUUCUCAUACUCUGUCCCUCUCUCUUUUUAGUUGAAUAUAUACUCAAGUGAAAACUUGCUUUUCUUUGUUAAUGUAACUUCAUUACUGAGUGCCCAUAUAUGUGGAGUAUGAGAAGGUGGAUUCUUUCUCAUACUCUGUCCCUCUCUCUUUUUAGUUGAAUGUAAGAGUACAUUUUAAUGUUGCUUCAGUGAUUGUAUAAUGUACUAUUGUUUCUUUCUAAUUAGACACUUUGCUUUUGUUAAUUAUUCUUUCAGUGCUUGAGCAGAUUUCUUUAAAGCAGAAUUUGUUAAAAGGGUCAUUUUUGUCUACCCCUUUUACACUUUUCUCAGAUUCUCAGAGUGGCCCAUCUCACCUUUUGAAAGAAUAUCUCAAUCUCUUUGCUAUAUUCCAGCCAUUAAUUUGAACACAGGAAGGUUUUUACAAAAGAAAUUUUACAAAAAAAUUGGAGACUACAAAAGAUGUUAUAGAUUGUUCAAAAGCAGAAUUCGCUCAACGCUGAGCAACAAUUAGUUGGUAGAAUACGAAGGAGGACACUAAAUUGACACCUUUCAAAUGGAAUCAGUUUUAGUAUUGCCUGAUAGGUAUAAUCAUUUAUCUUGUUUUUAUUUUUUCAGUUAUGAAAUAUAUUUUUACCAAAACACUGAGUAAGAGGGAAGGGGGGGGAAUUUCUUUAAGAAAUCUCCCAAAAUUUGCUUCAUUUUUUCCUUCCAUACAGGCACUAUCAUGAUUUUCAGUUGCAUUUUAAAUUGGAUUUUUUUUUUUUUUUUUUGAGUUAGGAAUUACUGUGUAGUUUGGAUUCAUGAGUCUCAUUCAGUGUAAGUGUAGCAGAAGUGUAGCAGAAGGGAGAUCAUAAUGGUGUUGAAUGUAAUUUUGAAGUAGGGAAUGGCCUUUAUAUUUGAGAGAGAACGUUUGAAUCCUUUUCAGGGAUUUGUGUGUGUGUGUGUGUAUAGAUAAGUGUAUAUACAUACAUACACUCUUCUAAUGUUGUACAUACAUAUGCACAUUACAUACAUCUUAAUUUAUUGACAAAGAACGUUAAUCAAAUUGAGAUUUGGAAAAGUGAGGUAUUCUUGUUUAAAAUAGUGUGUUUGAAACCAUCAAUUUGUGUCUAAAAUUAGCUGUAGCACAUAGAUGUUGUCUUUAUUGGGCUGUUUGCUCUUUGAAUUGUAGAGGUCUACAGUAUAUGUGUUGGUAUAGUUUCUAUAAAAAGAUUUUGAAAAAAUCAGGGCAGUGGAAAAACUAGAUAUUUGUAUUUUUUGUUUUGGCAUGCAUUUAGUUGAUAUCUUCUAAGCAAUGUUUAUUUUUUCUGUUGAGCUGUCUUAGUAUCUUAUUUUUAAAUUUAUUUACUUAUUUUAAGGAGUCUUGUCUUAUUUUUAGACGUGUCUGACUUUGACAAAGUAUAUAUAUUCAGGACUUUAAAAAAUAGCAGUACACGUUUAACAGUAGCAACUUAUGCCAAAAUGUUUUGAGAUUUAAAUAACUUCCAUAGCAGUAAGUUGUGUUUUGUGUGAGAUACAAAUGGAAAAAUAACCUUAAUAAUUUGAUAAUUUACUGGAGAGGUAUCAGAAUAACCCAAUACCUCCUACAGGAUACCAUAAAUUCUUUGUUUAAGGCUAAAUAUUGUAAUGUUAUUUGUAGUAAUGUUUCUGAUUUUGUUGUUGAAAGUUACAGAUCUCACAGUUUGAGAGACACAGUUUUUGCCUGCCUCAUCCCUGUGGAAGCAGUGCCUUUUUUGGCUUCACCUAGGAUGAUGAUCAUAGAUUCUGCCUCAGUUGAUUAAAAGUGACUCUCAUGAAUGCCUCUGUUCAGUUUUAUGUAAACUUUCAAAAGCUUCCAUGUCAUUAGGCAGCAACGUUUAUACAUUGAGUAUAUUAUCAUGUAAUUCCCUGUUCCCACUAAAUAUUUUUGGACUAAAGAUGACAAGCUCAAAAGACGUGUCUCCCACCCCAUCCCCCAUGAGUCACUUAAAAACCCUGUUUGCCGAACUACCAGCCUAUCUCAUAGAAAACCUAGCGUGUACUGCUAUUUUCAAAACCAAAAAGACAGCAUGACUAUGCGUAAAAGCAUUUUUCUCAACCUUUCCUUUGUCUUGAUCUGUUGUUAACAAGAAUAAAACUGCCAGACUUAAAAUAUUCUACUGUUGUGCUGAAAGAAAUACAAUUUAGAUUGCACAGAACUUUUCCUUUAAAGAAAAUGUAACUCAGCUGUCUUUUAAGAGCUGUGUUAUUAUGUACAAGACUAUUUGCAGUCUUUUUUCAGAGCAAAUUUUAACAGCUAGUUGUGAAUGGUUUAAAAAAUAGAAAAUUACUAAAAUAUUAGUUUGGGGGUUUUAUAGAGGGAGAAAAAACAGGACCAAAGUUUAUGUGCCUUCUUCAGUAGUCUUAAUUGAUCUUUUCUUCCUAUUUGAGACUAAGGUAGUAUCAGUAUUCUGGUUUUCAGGAAAUACGCAUUAUAUAGUUUUAAAAGAAUGUUAUCCCACAGACCAUCCAAGUUCAAGCAAACAGUUGUAACUGUUAAAUGAAGUUUCAGUUACACUUUUUACCUUCGUCACAUAAUAUUCACUAUAUAGCAUGUGCAGGUCCAGGAUCAGAGCUAUUCUAAAUCUUUGUGGUAGUCAUCUUAGUUUCUGCAACCUGAGGCAUAUGUUCCAGAGAACAGGGAUAUCUUUCUGGUCUAGUGACCUUAGUGAUAAUAGGCAUGCUUGAAAGCUGCUUAUGGCAAGCUUACAUCAGCACUGUAAACAGAUUUUUGUUGUUGUUGUUGUUACAUUAUUUUUAGUUCUUGAAUCUAUGUAGUAGUUGUAAUAACAAAUAUUUAAAUAGCUAUUUUUGAUGUCAUUUAAAAAAAAUCGUACUCUGGCCUUUUUUCCCUUUACCGUUAGUUACUCAGAUCUUUAAAAAAUUCAUCCCACAUCCAAAAAGUACUAAUUAUGAAGAUCGCUGACCAAACAAAGUUUUGCAUCAAAAUGUCACCUCAUUGCUCUGACCAAAGACUGACUGUUCUGGUUCCUUUCUGUUAAGCAUUUUUUUUCCCAAGCUCCUUUCUGAAAGAAGACCCAGUGCAAAGCGGCCUUUACUUUCUAUUUCCUAUCGGUGAAUAGACUGCUUAGAGAAAAUGGGAGUUUAAAUGUGAACAGAAUGGCUUAGGAUGACAAGGGUUUGAUGGGCAUUUUUAGUACUGUAUUUAAGAGAAAAAAAUAUAGCACAGCUAGGAGCCUCUGACAUUGUCUCGUGUUUUGUGUGGUCUGUCCAUAAAAUUUCCUUUUUCAGUUUAUAAGAAUGUUCAUCGAACAGAAGAAAAUGCUGUAAAUAUUUGUAACAACAUUUUUUUUAAGCAGGCCAAAAAAGGAAAAAACAAAAAAACGGUUUUGGGGAACAAGUGAACAUAUUAAGUGGUUUUAUAUAAAACAUCAAUUGUCUUGUAUAUUUUGAUAAGCAGCAGUACCAGCUUUUAUUUGUAAUACAGUUUGUGGCAUUGGAAGAAAAGGAUUCUGUGAUUGUUGAAGUGAAUUAUGUUAUAAAUGCAAAGAAGAUAAAAUAUUAAAAACAUAUUUUCUAAGUG